GCCUGGUUAGACCAAUGCUCUGAAGACUUCCAAGAACCACCUCAUUACCUUUGUUUGCAGAAACUGCUGGAUUAUCUGACCAGGAUCAUGCCAGGCUCGGACCCCGAAAGAAGGGCGCAACAACUCUUGGAGCACUUUCAGAAGCAAGAACGAGUAAACAACAGUGAGAUUCACGAUAUAUUUGUGACUGAAGAAAAAACAGAGAUUAGUGGAUCAGAAGAAUUUUCUUCUUUCCCAGAAGACCUUGUAGCAGAACAGUUAACUUACAUGGAUGCUAAACUGUUUAAAAGAGUGGUGCCACACCACUGUUUGGGCUGCAUCUGGUCUCAGAGAGAUAAGAAAGAAAACAAACACCUGGCUCCCACCAUCAGGGCUACCAUUGCACAGUUCAAUGCAGUCACCAAAUGCGUCAUCAGGACCGUUUUGAAUGGCAAGGAGCUGAAAACACAUCAGCGAGCCAAGAUCAUAGAGAAGUGGAUCAAUAUUGCCCACGAAUGUAGGAUCCUUAAGAAUUUCUCCUCUUUGAGAGCCAUUGUUUCAGCACUUCAGUCCAACUCCAUCUAUCGGUUAAAGAAGAGCUGGGCAUGUGUUGCAAAAGACAGAAUGUUGAUGUUUGAAGAACUGUCAGAAAUUUUCUCAGAUCAUGAUAACUAUUUGACAAGCCGGGAGCUGCUAAUGAGGGAAGGAACAUCUAAAUUUGCAAAUCUGGACAGCAAUGUAAAAGAAAACCAGAAGAGAACCCAGAGGCGGCUUCAGUUGCAGAAAGAUAUGGGUGUAAUGCGGGGCACUGUUCCUUACCUUGGUACUUUUUUAACGGACUUGACAAUGCUUGAUACAGCUCUCCAGGACUAUGUGGAGGGAGGGCUAAUAAAUUUUGAGAAGAGAAGGCGGGAAUUUGAAGUAAUAGCUCAGAUUAAACUCCUACAGUCUUCCUGUAAUAGCUAUUGCAUGACUUCAGACAAAAAAUUCAUCCAGUGGUUCCAGAAACAGCGGCAAUUAACAGAGGAAGAGAGCUAUGCGCUUUCCUGUGAGGUUGAAGCAGCCAUCGACACGACCACCACAUCACCAAAACCACGGAAGAGCAUGGUGAAACGACUGAGCCUAUUGUUUCUGGGACCUGAUGGAAUUGCUAAUAGCACGCCUACCAAAGAUCAGCCCAAGUCCGUACCAAGCGGAAGUUCUGGGGAAAGCAUGGAUUCCGUCAGCGUAUCAUCCUGCGAGUCAAACCAUUCCGAAUCAGAGGACAUCUGUGUCACUCCUACAGACACUCCUGAUGAGGCCCAAAAGAAAAAUGAAGAUACCUGUAUCAUCCGUAUCAGUGUUGAAGACAAUAAUGGCAACAUGUAUAAGAGCAUUAUGUUAACCAGCCAAGACAAGACUCCUGCUGUCAUCCAGCGAGCAAUGUUGAAACACAACCUGGAAUCGGAUCCUGCUGAGGAUUAUGAACUUGUGCAGGUCAUUUCUGAGGACAAAGAACUAGUCAUCCCAGAUAGCGCAAACGUCUUUUAUGCCAUGAACAGCCAGGUGAACUUUGACUUUGUCCUGCGGAAGAAGAACUCCCUCGACGGACAAGUGAAACUGAGGAGCCGUUCCAGCUUGACUCUUCCCAGGACCAACAGGAAGGGCUGCUGGAGCAACAGAAACAGCAAAAUUACCCUUUGAGAGUGGAUCAGCCCAGCGCCAAAGAGGUGGGCUUGAAGGACCAUUGCAGAGACUACCCAACGUGACAGAACCUUUGGAGAUGAACGUGUCAGUAUUCAGCUUUGGGGAGUACAAAGCUAACACUUGCUAUAAAUAGGCACACAGUUAGUUAGUUAGAGAGAACAGACAAAAGACCUGAAUGGAAAUGCACCCUGUAGGCACUUUUUUUUCCUUUUGCACCCAGUCCAUGAAUUCAAAGCCACUUUCUAUCAGGAAGAGGAAGAAUAUGCAACUGAUCUUCCAGCCCUACUAUGGACUAUCUAACUCUUCUCAGUUUUGACAGUAUUAAUUUGGAGCAUUUUAGAUUUGCUUUUAUAAAUGGAAGAGGCAUUUCCAUCCCUUGUGUUCUCACCAGGGAGAGAGAAGCAUCAGACUAACCACUGGCUGAUGAUAGCGCUGUUAAAUGGCUGGUAGAGACGGGCUGCUUUAGUAGAGGCAGCACCGCUUCUGAAACAAGGAGAAUUCGCCUUCUCUUGGAAUCCCCCCCCCCCCUGCAGUUUUUGAAGCCAUCCCAGCUUCCGGUCCUAUUAGACAUGCUGGAAAAAUCCAUUCCUUCCUCCAGGGGCCAGCUAUUCACCGAUGACUAUAUGAAUGCACACUACUGCUCUUAAUGCCACUAUGUUGUUUUCCUGAUGCUUUGCUGUUUUUUUUAAUGGUGUGUGAGUGUGUGUGCGGGUGUGCGUGUGUAUAUAUAUAAAUAUAUAAAUAUAUAAAAAAUCAAAAUAUAUUUCCUUGGAGUGUGCAGUUUUACUCCCUUUCAGCUGUGGAGCUGUUUACCUGUAUUCAGCCAUAUUGGCAUUAUAGUAAACUAUAUAGUUGUGUUUUAUACUCAGUCUGAGAAACAAAGCAAAACAAAAAAUAAACCUGCUUAAUAGCCAUCAUCUGAAAAGAGCCCAGAUAUUUUUUGUGAUUAAAGAACAUUUAAAGAACCUCCUUUUUUUUUUAGAAUUCACCCAUUAAUUUAAAAAAUGACUUAUGGUACUACUUUAGUCACCUCGUUGCCUCACGAGCCUGGCUUUGUAGGAAGAUGCUGAGGGAGGAUGGUAUUGAUUUUUUGGAGGGUCAGCUUUUCAGUGAUGACAUUAACCCUUCAGAGCCUGCACAACAGGGGUGCAAUCAGGGAAGUGUUGAAAUUAAAGUAAUAAUGAUGGUACUGAUUAUAAACAUUCCAAAGGUGGACGGUAAAGAAACUUCCUCCUCAUUACUUUUCUCUGAUUUUCCCCUUUGGUGAGCAGCAGUGACCUCCCACCUUCUUCCCACCUUCCCCUUGCAGUCUGUGGCUGUAUCAGCCUUUUCCUUUUGAAGACCAGGUCACGUUCUUCACCCCCACUCCUUCUGUAGGCCUCUUAUAAAGGCCAAAGAGAGCUACAACUCUUCACUCAAUUACCAUGAAACAGACUGUACUAAAUUCAGUAGAAUUUUACUUAUUUAUAAUAAUAUUUAUGACUGUAACUUUACAUGGAAGAAUUUUUCUCUUGUAAUUUGUAAUCUCAACUUGAAUGUAUUAACAGGUUUAAUUGGGAUCACUAAAAGUCUGUCAUACCCCAAAUCAGAGUUCUUUGGAUCCUCAAAUAUACCACUGUACAAAAAGUCAUGCGUAAUCAUAGUCAGGGCAAUUUGUAGGUUAUUAUUUUGCACCACCAUAGAAAAAGUAGGGAAUUGACCCUAAGUGCAAAAGAAUACUUCUUAAAUGCUUCCAACAAAACAUGUUUUCAAGCUUUGGCCAUGUAAAAUGUUGGAAAGGGGAUGGAUGGUUGACGCAGGGUGAGAUCUGGAAGCCAGAGAAUUAGCUAAUCAGGAUUGAGCCAGCAAAAUAGAUUUUCUUGGUUUUGAAGUAGAAUGGGAUAAGAUUCUCCUGCAAGUCCCACUGAUGUGUGUGUGUGUGUGUGCACGUGUGUAAGGGGUGAGUGUGGGGGUGGAAUUAGGAUUGCUACAUAGCAGAGUAGGAUAUACCAAGCCUUUUUGCUGAAAAUGGUUCACCAAUUUCAGCUUUGUAAAGCUAAAUUUGCUACAACUAAUCAGGAGCUUGACCCAGUCCUGACAAUAGCUUACAAACAUGUAUGUCUUUUAAAUAUACACUUAUCAGAUUGUGAUAUACUUUGCACUAUGUACAACUCUCAAUUUCAAAUUUUGUAUGUUGAGCCACGUACUUCAACUCUCCCUGUUAUCGUCUAAAAGAGAUUGUGCGUGUGUGUCACUACACUGCAUAUGCCUCCUUGUUAGUGAGAUACAGGCAGCAAUUUGUUACUUUGCAAGGUAGUCUCUAGAUUAGAGAUCCUGGUUUGCAUGUAAGAGCAUGAGCUUGCUUGGAGUGAAAUUGGGCUUUGAGCUUGUGGCGUACCUGUGAAAGUGUGUAAAACUGACUGCUCCAGUUCUUGCACUAAAAGGGACUGCUGCUUGUGGCAUGGUGCCGCUAAGCCUAGUAUUCUAGUCUACACCUUCUCUGACUUACAAAAAAGCACUGGCUGAAAGCUUUAAUUGACCAAUGCCACAAUAAGCAAAAAGUUCAUUAUGUGCAGGCCUUUCUGAUGUUGGUUAUGGCAUAUAGAAUAUUGCAAUUUGGAUGUAAAAUGUGUAGGUAGGAAGAGCAUGAAUUAACAAAUGAAAGACAGCUAAGCAUGUUGUGUGUUUGUGAAACUAGGAAAGGGGAAGAUGUAACAGGUUUGAAUGGAGGUAUUCAGAUCUUGCAAAGUAGAGUUGAUGAAGCCAUGCAGGGAAGGAAAAGAGCUAAAAUGUAUGUCAGAAAGUAUGAAUUGGUGUCAUGUUAGGUUGUGGAUACAUAUGAAAGUAAGAAUCCAUAGACUAGUAAUAGUUGCAUGUUAUGCUCCAGGUUCUCCAGAAGAACCAGCAAUGAGUUUUGAGAAUGAAUGCAGUCCAUGGUGUGAUACAAAUGGGUGGGAACAAGACAAGAUAGUACAGCAAAAGUUAUUGGAUUGUUUGGAAAUGCAGAAACAAAUGAGAAAAGUAACUGGUGAGUAUCUGCUUAGAAAAUGGUCCAUUUUGAGUAUGUGAUUUAAGCACAAGACUGUACAUGCACAUGGCAAGGGAAUGAUGAAAAAUCUAAAGUUAUGAUUGAUUUGGUAAUGUCCACAAUUUGUCUUUGGAGAAAGUGGAUAAGGAAUGAAAGGAAAGAAGUGAAAGAAACUAGAGUGAAAGGAGAAAAGGAAGGAAGAGAAAGUAUAAAUCUACUAACAAAAUGAACGGAAAGGAGAGAUAAGGAAAGAGGAUAUGGAACCUGCUCAGGACAGAGUGAAAAUAAUGGUGAUUGUAACAGAAAAAUGUGUGAAGACUAAUGGGAAGAAUGAGAAAGAAUGCUUGGUGGGAUAAUGAGAUGAAAAAGGCUGGGGAUGAGAAAAAAAAUGCAUGUAAAAGAAUGCUACAAAAAUGAUGAGAAAAAUUACAGGUGGUCCUCAGUGAAUGACCACUUGUUCAGCAACUGCUCAAACUUGUGACGUGCAACAAGUGGUACUUGCGACAUGUGACAAGUGAGGUCCUCGCUUAACGACCUGCAGCGAUUGCUUAACAGCAGCAACUGGGACUGCCGGAAUUGUUGCUAA